AUGGUUCGCUCCGAUCCAUCAUCCAAAAACCAUACGCCUCCGGUGACCGUUUACCCUUCCUUAUGGGGCUUCAGGGUGCACUUGGCGGCCUGGUGGCCAGCCCACAACGCCAGCACCUGUUAUUACCCUCUGAUCCACACCUCCUUCUGCUCUCGGUUCAGCUGCUUGAAGUUGCCAUUCAGCCAAGUCAGCGAGUGUGGGAAUAACUACUCUCAUUGGGUGGAUAAAUCUCUUGAAGCUGGCAGUGGGUCAUGGGGCUGCCUGGAGUUGCUGUAUGAACUGCGCCAUCUGCUGGCUGAAGGUGGAUUUGAGCUGAGGCAGUGGGCCAGCAACGACCCCACCAUCAUCGCCCAUCUUCCCUCUGAAGUCAGGUCAGACACCUGUGAACUGUGGCUCAGCUAUGGUCGGCCAGAUGUCCAGGAGCCAGCCCUUGGACUACACUGGCACUGCCAGUCAGACACCCUGUCCUACAAGCAUCGCAUGGUGGAUUGCUCAGUGGCCACAAUGAGGAACAUAUAUAAAGUCCUUGCCAGCCAAUACGAUCCUCUCGGUUACAUAAUACCCUACACCACCAGAGCAAAGGUUCUUGUUCAGCGCUUGUGGGCCAAGAAGAGAGAUUGGGAUGACCCGCAGCUCCCGGAUGACCUGCUGCAUUCCUGGCGCUCGUGGGAGGCGGAGCUUGAACACCUGCCAAAGGUAACCCUGCCCAGGUGCUACUCCAGUGAGAAUAUGGACCACCCCUCCAGCGCGAGAGAUAUCCAUGUGUUCAGCGAUGCAUCAGAGCAGGCAUAUGGAGCCGUGGCCUAUCUCAGGACUGAAACCCCACAGGGCAAGGUUGAGGUUUCUUUCCUUGCUGCACGCUCCCGUGUGGCUCCUAAGAAACAGCAGUCUAUCCCUCGUUUGGAGUUGUGUGCAGCCCUCACUGGCGCACAGCUCUCCAAGGUUAUUACCACAGAGCUGACCCUCCCUAUCCGCAGCCUCACUCUAUGGUCUGACUCAUCAACAGUUCUCACGUGGCUGUCAUCGGAUUCAUGUCGCUACAAAGUUUUUGUAGGAACGCGCGUGGCUGAAAUCCAAGAGCUGACAGGACCUGCUACAUGGCAAUAUGUGCCAUCAGGAGACAACCCAGCAGAUGACAUCACUCGAGGUCUCACUCUCAUGGACCUAGCGGAUGGUGGCAGGUGGACUCAUGGCCCAACAUUCCUGAGGCAGCAGCCAGAGGAUUGGCCAGAGCCCUCAUGUUCCCCCCCUGAUGAGCCAGAGAGUGAGAUGAGGCAAACUGCUAUGGCUGUGCUGUUGACUACAACCGUGCCAGAUCCACAGCAGCAUCAAACACUGAGUGACUAUCUGGAGGCCACCGCUCACCAGCUGCAUGGGGCGGCUGACCUUUCAACCCCUGUGACUGCUGAUGACUACGCCGCUGCUGAACUGGAGGCCUUGAAACAGGCACAGAGGGACUCGUUUCCUGAGGAGUCUUCUCUACUAGCUGCAAGCAAACCAGUGGCAAAAUCCAGCCGCCUCAUGUCACUGGCUCCAGAGCUCGAUGAGGCAACAGGACUCAUCAGAGUGGGAGGCCGUCUCCGCCGCUGCAGCGACCUCACAGCAGACAUGAUUCACCCCAUUGUCCUCGAUCCCCAGCACCCUUUGACCAGGCUGAUCAUACAGGACUAUGAUGUCAAGCUGCAUCAUCCAGGGCCGGAGAGAGUGUUUGCAGAAAUCAGGAGGAGAUAUUGGAUACUGCGAGGACGUGAAGCAGUGCGUCGACAUCAAAGGAAGUGCACGGAGUGUAGAAAAUGGAGAGGGAGACCUGAUCCGCCCAGGAUGGCUGAUCUGCCACCAGCUAGACAGCGCACUUUUGAACCCGCCUUCUACUCCACCGGCGUCGACUGUUUUGGGCCAUAUGUCAUCAAGAUUGGUCGCAGGACUGAGAAGAGGUGGGGAAUACUGUUGAAAUGCAUGACGACACGAGCAGUUCAUAUAGAUCUUCCCAGCAGUAUAGACACUGACGCAUUCCUGAUGGCUCUGAGACGCUUCAUCGCUCGGCGGGGAAAGCCGCAUGAGCUCCUGUGUGACCAAGGCACCAAUUUCAGAGGAGGAGAAAGAGAGCUGUGGCAGGCUUUUGAAUCCCUCCAACCUGAGCUUCAAGCCCAACUCGCCAGCCAGCAGAUCCGGUUUGUGUUCAACCCUCCAGGAUCACCACACUUUGGAGGAUGCUGGGAGAGGGAGAUCCGUUCCCUCAAAGCCGCACUUCAAGUCACUAUUGGGGCUCAGACAGUUACAGAGGAGGUGUUGCGCACUGUUCUCACUGAGAUUGAAGGAAUCCUAAAUUCCAAACCUCUCGGAUAUGUCUCAUCAGACAUUGCGGACCCUGAUCCCAUUACCCCUAACUGUCUCCUCAUGGGGCGGCGUGAUGCCUCCCUGCCUCAGGUUGUAUAUGAUGGCCCAGAGAUCCUCGGUCGGCGGAGAUGGCGUUAUAGCCAGAUACUGGCUGACCAGUUCUGGAAGCAUUUCCUCACACACUACCUUCCUGGACUCCAGGCCCGGCAGAAAUGGCGCACAGAGGCUGUGGACAACCAGUUGCCCCGGGCCCUUUGGCCUGUGGGAAAGGUCACUUAAGUCUUUCCUGGAGCUGACAACCGGGUUCGGUCUGCUGAAGUGUUGGUGAAGGACAGAACAUACACCCGACCCGUGGCAAGACUGAUAAGUCUCCCUGCUCUUCCCGAAGAGGAAUAGAGGCCUUUACAGUAGUUCGAAUUCACUUCUUGAAUUCGGGGGCGGCUGUUGAAAAGGCUGGCUGCCACCAGGAGCUGAGACAGGAGUGUCUCAAUAUUGACCACUAGAGGGCGUAUUGGUACUGUUCUGCCUAGUAACAGGUACUGGUUGGACUGGUUUUGCCAGCAGCCGAGAGGACGGAAAGGUACUUAAGUUUUCUGGCAGUUCAGCUGGUUUCUUCUGGUGUUCCCGGUCCAGUUUUUUGAUAUGUGCGUCCAUUUGUCCUGUAAGUAGAUCACUGUUUGAUAUUAAUAAGUUUCAUAUUAAUGAUGGCAGUUAGUUUGAGCUAAGUUACACGUAGUGUGGUAAAGUGGUAACAUUUAAGUUAAUAUUGGUUAUUCGUCUGUUGUAUAUUAUCAGUAGUGUGAUGCUCACGAUUUGUUCUGUUUAUCUUGUUGUUGUGCAUCCUAGAAACCACACCCACAGAAUAGACAUUACUGCAACGAAAUCCCACGUAAGAAGUGACUGCUUUAUUGGAAUUAAAGAACGCUCUCUGCACUCCACGGCCUGGUUCUUGAGACCCACCAGAGUUCUGACCGGACUCUCCACAGCGAUUCGUGCUUUCCAACCACCCUAUACCCUACACUAUUUUACAAACACUGAUGCCCCACCGACAGCGGGAAGAUUAAGAAUCACAAGUGCACACCUGGACAGGAGUUGCUGCCACACUAUGUUCAGCAAGCAGACAGGACACAGUGGGGAGGAUGUUCUCUUUGAAGCUGACCAUCUUGGCAGCAGGUAGUAUGAAACACAGCUGCCUUUGGACACUGUUAAAGACAAAAUUAACAAUUAAAAGUUGGUAAAUCAUCUGGGUAAGCACAUUCCAUAAAGUCACACAUGAGGGACCUGCAGCAUCAAGGUCUUGGUGACAGAAAGACAUAUAGCCUGAAAUAUUCAUGGAAAUGAAACCUGUGAACUUACUGCUGCAUCAAAGUUGAGGUGCAUCCUAACAGAGACAGCUCAGUUCCUUUUGCUUGUCUAUCUCUGAAAAUACAGAGUGCUUCUAAAAACUCAAUGAGAAGCUGUCAGCUUGGCUUUUUGUUUGUUUUCACGCUGUCCGAAACAUUGU